UCUAUAAACAAAGCUUUAUCACGUGUGGCCUUAAACUUGCUGCAAAUUGCAAAGAAAUGGCUCAAAGGCUCCAGCUCUUUCUGUGCCCUGGGAGCUGAGAUGCAGAGCAGUGCCCUUGCCAGGGUGCCCAAUUCCCUGCAGACUGCCAGAAAAAAAAGAGGCCAACUGGAAAGGCGAAAGAGAAAGACUGCUUAGGGGUGAGAUCAGACCCUUGGUCUUUUCUUUCCUCUAAUCUGCCCUGUCUGUGCCCAUCAGCUCUCUUGACUUGCCAGAACUAUUCACAACUUCUGUGGGGUGCUGCCUCAGUUUCCUGUUUCAGGCUGUGCGCUGUGAUCCAGCCCCUUGCGAACCUUCUGGAAGGAACUGGACAGCUUUGACUUCUACCUGCAGGCUGGGAUAAGAAACAUUCUCAUGAUGGACACCUCAUCCAAAGAAAAUGCCCAUUUGUUCCACAGAAAUUCAGCACAACCUGCCGGAGGGCCAGCCUUUAAAGUGGGAUAUCCGUCCACAGAGGAAGCGCGGCCAUGCUGUGGAAAACUCAAGGUGUUCCUGGGUGCCCUGUCUUUCGUUUACUUUGCCAAAGCAUUGGCGGAAGGCUAUCUGAAGAGCACCGUUACUCAGAUAGAGAGAAGGUUUGAUAUCCCUUCCUCUCUGGUGGGAAUCAUUGAUGGUAGUUUUGAAAUCGGGAAUCUCCUGGUCAUAACGUUUGUUAGCUACUUUGGUGCCAAACUUCACAGGCCAAAAAUAAUUGGAGCAGGAUGCCUGGUCAUGGGCUUCGGAACUAUGCUCAUUGCCGUACCCCAGUUCUUCAUGGAGAAGUACAGCUAUGAGAAAUACGAGCGGUACUCUCCCUCCUCCAACAUUACUCCCAGCAUCUCUCCCUGCUACCUGGAGUCCAGCAGUCCGUCACCAAGCUCAAUCAUGGGGAAAACACAGAACAAAAUAAGUCACGAAUGCGAAGGGGAUUCCAGUUCCUCCAUGUGGGUUUAUGUCUUCCUGGGAAAUCUUCUCCGAGGAUUAGGGGAGACGCCUAUCCAACCCCUGGGCAUCGCCUAUCUGGACGACUUUGCCAGUGAAAACAAUGCUGCUUUCUACAUCGGGUGUGUGCAGACAGUGGCAAUUAUAGGACCCAUUUUUGGCUUCCUUUUGGGCUCAUUAUGCGCCAAACUGUAUGUUGAUAUUGGCUUUGUGAAUCUAGACCAUAUAACUAUCACCCCAAAGGAUCCUCAGUGGGUCGGGGCCUGGUGGCUUGGUUACCUAAUAGCCGGGUUCCUAAGUCUCCUUGCAGCUGUUCCUUUCUGGUGCUUACCCAAGACUCUACCAAGAUCCCAAAGUAGAGAGGACUCUGGCUCCUCAUCUGAGAAAUCCAAGUUCAUUAUAGAUGACCCUAUUAACUACCAAAUGGCCCCUGGAGAAGAUAAAAUGAAAAUCAUGGAAAUGGCAAAAGAUUUUCUUCCAUCACUGAAGACUCUUUUUAGAAAUCCAGUAUACGUCUUAUACUUGUGUGCAAGCACUGUUCAGUUCAAUUCUCUAUUUGGCAUGGUCACGUAUAAACCAAAAUACAUCGAGCAGCAGUAUGGGCAGUCUUCUUCCAAAGCCAACUUUGUCAUUGGGCUCAUCAACAUUCCUGCAGUGGCCCUUGGAAUAUUCUCUGGGGGAAUAGUUAUGAAAAAAUUCAGGCUGGGUAUUUGUGAAGCUACAAAACUCUACUUGGGAUCAUCUGUCUUUGGCUACCUCCUCUUCCUCUCUCUGUUUGCACUGGGAUGUGAAAAUUCUAGUGUGGCCGGACUGACUGUCUCCUACCAAGGAACCAAACCUGUCUCUUAUCAUGAACGAGCUCUCUUUUCAGAUUGCAACUCAAGAUGUAAAUGUUCAGACUCAAAAUGGGAGCCCAUGUGUGGGGACAAUGGGAUUACCUAUGUGUCGGCUUGUCUUGCUGGCUGUCAAUCCUCCAGCCGGAGUGGAAAGAACAUUAUAUUUUCUAACUGCACUUGUGUGGGAUUUGCAGCCCCUAAGUCAGGAAACUGGUCAGGCAUGAUGGGCAGGUGUCAGAAAGAUAAUGGAUGUUCCCAAAUGUUUCUAUAUUUCCUUGUGAUUUCAGUUAUCACAUCAUAUACAUUAUCCCUAGGUGGCAUACCUGGAUAUAUAUUACUAUUGAGGUGCAUUCAACCACAACUUAAGUCUUUUGCUCUGGGUAUCUACACCUUAGCAGUAAGAGUUCUUGCAGGAAUCCCAGCCCCUGUAUACUUUGGUGUUUUGAUUGACACUUCAUGCCUCAAAUGGGGAUUUAAGAAGUGUGGAAGCAGAGGCUCCUGCAGACUGUAUGACUCCCACGCUUUCAGACACAUAUACCUGGGAUUAACCACGCUCCUGGGCACAGUGUCUGUCUUCCUAAGCAUGGCUGUGCUUUUUGUUUUAAAGAAAAAAUAUGUCUCGAAACACAGCAGCUUAAUAACCACAAGAGAAAAAAUAGGGAUGUCGUCAAGCAUCAAAAAGGGGACGUGCACUGCAAGGGAUUGUGGAUUGCAGCCCAAGUACUGGCCAGGCAAGGAGACACGACUUUAAAAAAACCAUGGAAACAAACAAACAUAGGGUCAUUUUAUCCAAUGCAUGUAAAUGAAUAAAAGCAUAAUCAAAAGGGCUUCAAUGUGUAAUUCCUUUCUGCUUCCAAAGGCAUGCCUGCCUUGUUUUUUACUCUAAGCAUAAGAUGGAAAACCUCUAAAGGUGUAAUUAAAUUUAUUUUAAAACUUU